AGACCGUGCCAUGAAAGCAGGAAUCGAGCAAUCCUCGGCCAUGUUCCUCGUCUCUGUGAUCGGUAUUGGCAACACGGUCGGUCGUAUCGUCUGUGGCCUGGCAAGCAGUUUUCCAGGCGUCGAUGCCCUGGUCGUUAACAACAUAUUCAUCAGCGCUGGCGGACUAUUAACGUUCUUCUCUGGUUUAUCUCUCUCCGAGGGCUACCAAUUUUUCUACGCAGCCACGUUUGGCAUCAGUAUAUCCGUGUUCGCGUCCCUGAGAUCGAUCCUGGUGGUGGAUCUGCUGGGGCUGGAGAAGCUGACGAACGCUUUCGGACUUCUUCUUCUGUUCCAAGGAGUGGCGGCAACAGUGGGCGCGCCUCUCGCAGGCGUCUUCAUGGAUGCCACGAAGAGCUACGACACGGCGUUCUAUCUGUCCGGGACCCUGAUCUUAGUGUCGGCGAUAAUCUGCUAUCCCUUGAAGUGGAUCAACAGGCGGGAGCUGAAGAAGAACGGACAGAAGAGCAACGAGGACCCGUCGAAAUCUUGAUCGAAGCUGCCGAACACCUCGCCGCCGCAGAUCGAACCGUUUCCCGUUCGCUGUCGGCCGAUGUAUUUGUACAUACUAACGCGUAAUAAUUUAUAGCGAGCGUUCGAGUCGAUCCAUCGAUCGGCGCCCCGUUCCGGAAACGAUCUACGGUUCCACAUCGAAGAUGUUAACAUCGUCUGCGAAGUCGAAGACGUUCAAAUCGUUGACGAAGUCGAGGACGUUCGUCGUUGUUCGAAGGAUGGGCGGCCGGCUUUGGUGCUCGAGGACGCUGAAGAAGGUGAAUACCGUCCACAGCGAAGAGGGGCCCCAGCGUUUCCGUCGAAAGUGGGGGAACGGUGGAACCCGAAGACGCGUAUCCGCUCGAGAAUCGUCCUGGAUCGGUGCACCGUCGCUUCGGGUCGGUGGGCGUCGGUAUAGACCGCGGAUCUCCAUGCAGAAUUAUGUUCUCUAGGUGCCCGUGACGAUUGAAGUUGACCUCUUGUCCCAGGAUAAUUACAACUUCUACGCUGUCGCUAAUUUCUCGGAGAAGCGAGAGCAUUCUUUCUAACUUAUGGUCUAUAGAGCUAUGUAUAUAUUUUGUGUAAAUACGAUUCUAGAGAUAUUUUUAUAGUCGUUACAAUUAAACAUCGCAGAAUUGUAUUUUUUAGAAUCAAUUUUAAUGUGAAAUUCUUAGAGACACAAAUUCGUAGACCAUGUUUCAAAGAGUUGCGCAGAUGACAAUUACUUGGGCACGUGUAGACAGUUGCGUAUCGUUAUUUAAAUCGUACUUUUGAAGGUGCAACUCAACGGUCUACAGUGUAGUUUUAUCGAAUGUUUAACUAUGAUGUAAGCACUGGACUGUGGUCUUUCGCACGUUUAUAAAAUGAAAGUAACAAUUAACAACUUCGACGCAAGUGCAUAAAGUUCCGCGGUCCGCUAAUUGCAACGAGAAAUUGCAUGUCCAGCCAGAACGAAUAUUUAUCUCCCACCAGCCCAAUUUCGUCUGCGCGGUAUUAGCUAUGUAGAAUACAUACAUACAAGCUUGGUGUGUCGGACAAGUGGGUACGCGGCUUAACGUGAACGCAGAACUGCGGGCAACGAUGAAGUAUCAUAGUGCUCCCGCGAAAUGUUAAUCGCCACGAAACCAGUUCGGAAACGCGAGACUUUUUCCCUGUCCCGUAGCGGCGCGUUAUGCGCCGUGACACGCAUUUUUUGUAGUCUAUCAACAGGAGACUUUUGCGCGACCACCGCUGCCUUAAUGUGAACGUGACGAGUAAGUGCCUUCUGUCGUACAGUGAUUUGUUUCGCCGAGAGGCGAGAGUCCUGCGACAGUUCGUCCACGGACCGGAUCGGAGGGCGUUCCGUAAUUUUAAUGCCGAGAGAUUUUGUUGUUUGGUUCUGCUCGUUGUUCGGACCGACAGCCAUUUUGGAUCCGAACGGCACAGAGAGUGGACUGAGAGACAGACGGUUGUAUGUAUUCGAAAUGAUCCCACGCUCUUGACCUUUCGCCGAUCUAUUUCUUGCUAUAGUUCUUAGACAGCCGAAAGUGAACUGCCAUACCUGCGAUCGCAUACUCUUGCUACAUUUUAUACAGGCUGGGUCGAACGCGCGAUCGUGUACGAAAGAAUUGUUAUUCGUUUCCCGUUUCUAGCUGUUGAUUAUGCAACCCGAUCAAACAGAACAAUAUGUCAACCGAACCUCCAUCCCGUCGAACAUGUUUUUAAUGUGACGUUGAAUGCUCCGCAACUAGUUGACUUUUCAAUAUUACCAACGGUGCAAGAAAAACUCAUCCCAAGAAUUCCAGGUAUAAUACUUUAACCGUCAUCUAUUGUGACUUGCUGAACUUUCCAAUCAGAUCUCCUAUUUUGUACGAUAUUUUUUAUUUCAUCUGCAACACUUUUAUAUUCGACGCCGGUUAACUUACUCUUGCACUGUACACACAUUCUAGAUAAAUAAACAGCCAAGUACUCAAUAUCAUAAUCAAAAAUAACGCGUCGAUCUUUACGCAGAUUCCUUCGCAGAAUUUUAAGCCUUAAUUGGUAUGCUGUAAACAUUGUAUUCCUAUUUGAUUUUGCAGUAGAAGUUUUUAUUAUUUUAUUACACUAACUAAGAAUAAAAAUCCAUAGGUCAUUUAAUCUAGAAUUUUAGAUUAACACAUCUAUCUGUCUUUUUUAUUUGGAGUGUGCCACGACUCCAACGCUACAGUUGUUUUUAUGAAAGAUAUUGUACCAAUUAAGGGUUAAAUGUGACUUCAAGGAGCGCUGGACUUCGAACAAUUUCCGGCAAGUGAUUUUAGAAAGCGAGAAUCCAGCGCUGCAAAAAGAUAAAUGGUUGUCCGGUUUGGAUUUCUCGCGAAAGAACUUUUGUACAUUCUUUCGUGCAGACCGCCAGGGAACACUUCCUCCGUAACAAUCUGUACAUUUGUAACGCUUUAGUGUUAGUCUCGACAGGACAGCGGCGAGAUAUCCCCGAGGCGAGUUGAUCGUUGGAUCGAUCAGGGAUCUCGCUUCCGACAUAUCGCGCCGAGAGUAGAUUUCUAUUAUAAAUCAGUCCACGACCAGCGCGACCGUACGUUAAAGGCGUAUGUACUUGCAUAAACGAGUACAUGUAAUCUCAAUAGACCGUGCGCGUCCGUUCCGUCGCGGCGCUGUUUAUAGCGUUAAUUAACCACGAGGCCGAUAUCCGGAACCGUGAUCCGGACGUCGGCUCCUUCCCGUCGACGUAGACGUGUGUAGGACUUGCUCAAAAGUGAAAUCCGUUCCUACUGUUCCUAAUUAAUUAAUCUACCCUAGGAUUUUCGAGCUGAGCCGUCACCCUCGUACGCCAUUUUGGCUAUUUGUAACGUCCCGAAUGCAUCCACUCUGCGACCUUUCGCGUGCAUUUCAUUUGUCAAAUAAAUCAACAAUGUAGAAUUAGUCAUUUCGAUUUAAGAUCAUUGUCUUCCUCGGAUAGAGAAGCGCGAAAGUCGUGGAGCAGAGCCGUUCGACGCGCGCCAUUUUGGUUCCUUUCAAUCCUCUAUCUCAGCGAGCUUUUACCUGCGUCUUCUCAAAUAUCAUGUUAAAAUAAAGCGUGAACUUGUAAUUAUUAAAUCACUGUGUUCCAACGAUUGAAGUUCAGAAGUUGAGGAGCGUCGUUCCUGUACCACCCCAACACCGUUAUGGUUCCUUGUAAAUGUUCGUACACUUUGAUUCUUCCACUUUAUAUUAUAAAUAGAAAUUUAAUGAUAUUGAAGGAUCAUCCUUGCACCACGUACGCCAUAUUGAUUCCUUCUAACCAUUCACGUACGGUUAGUGAAUAAUAAAUAGCGAAUAAUAAAAUGGUAACUCUAAAA